AUGGCGUCGAAACUCGUGCCCCAGCUGAUGCGCACGGCAUCUCGGAGCACAGCCAAAGCUCCUCGACGACAACCAUUCCAACCCAAACAAUUCUCCUCCACCCCCCAAUCACGGAGUGAGACCCUCUCAGUGCAUCGCGACACCUCAUACAACAACCCCUCGAUCCCCUUCAAAUUCAACGAGACGAACCUGCGGCUGAUCGACGAGAUCCUCAAACGAUACCCACCCCAAUACAAGAAAGCGGCGGUGAUGCCGCUGUUGGACCUGGGCCAGCGCCAGCACGGCUUCACGUCGAUCUCGGUGAUGAACGAGGUGGCGCGGAUGCUGGAGAUGCCACCCAUGAGAGUCUACGAGGUGGCGACCUUCUACACGAUGUACAACCGGACGCCCGUGGGCAAAUACUUCGUGCAGGUGUGCACGACGACGCCGUGCAUGCUGGGCGGCUGCGGCAGCGACAAGAUCAUGAAGGCGUGCGAGGAGUUCCUUGGCAUUCAUAGCGGGCAGAUGACCGAGGACAAGAUCUUCAGCUUGCUGGAGGUCGAGUGUUUGGGUGCUUGCGUCAAUGCCCCGAUGGUGCAGAUCAAUGACGACUACUAUGAGGAUCUGACCCCCGAGACUACGGUGAAGUUGCUGCAGGCAUUGAAGGAUAGUGUCACUGUAAGUGGAUUCGAUAUGAGCAAGGUGCCGCGACCCGGUCCCCAGGUUUACGAAGGUCACCAGAGGGAGACCUGUGAGCCGAGGAAGGGCAAGACCUCUCUGAUGGGCGAGCCGUAUCAUAGCAGGGAUGUUAUGAGAGCUGAUGGAGAGCUGUGA